AUGAAUCCAUCCUUCUAUGACCUUUCUUCCUCUGACUUUGCAAUUAGAUAUUCUCCUAAAUAUUUCAAUGGAUCUUCUGGUUUAACUUGGGCCAAUUCUUUUAAUCCUUCUAAUAAUGCCAAAGUCACGUGCUCAUUGAGGUAUCGUCUUACUGAAGAUCCACCAACAAUUUCAUGUAUUGGAGGUUGGUUUGUCGAUGUGGUUGAUUCCAGUUUUGACUUCUUUGCUGGUGUUGAUACUGGAGUCGCCGAAUUGGAAGCUACGAUUGGUUGUGGUUGUGCAGGAGGUGGUGUAAUUGAUGAUCUUUUGUUGUCUUCUUCUAUGGUAACACCAUUAUUGGUUGUAUUUUCUAUUUCCGUGUUUGUGGAAGGUGAUUCUAUACUAUUUGAUACUGGCUGUUCGUCUAUGUCCAUUGUGUAG